AACGAACUAUAAGGAAACUGUCAAAGCGACUCAGUUGAAAUAGCCUUGAAAUUUAAUAUGCAUGUCGUAUAAUGUACCUGGUCCUCAUUGUAGGACUUGACUCGACCAUUAGGUCGACUGAUGACUGGUCGUUUGAUCUCCAAAGGACGAGACAUGAAAAAUACCCGCCUCCUUGGGCCGGCUGGAAAUGUCAUAUUGAACACAAUCUGUGAACUAUUGGUAAAAAUAUUAUCAGACAAGUUAAAACGGUUGACAAAAAGCAAUCUUCGUUCUUUCACUUGAAGGUUUCUAGGAUGCUUAGAAUAGGGUUUAACGUACUUGUGGAAAUAAAAAUAAAUUAUGACCCUCGACUAUAUAAAGAAAUACACGAAAUUCUAUGAGCGAGUGCAGACCCAAUCGUCACCCCUCCCAGUCGACAACAGCACGAUUUAUUUUGACUCUCAAGAUUUGCGCGUGCAACUUCCGUUAGCACGUGCGUUGUGUCAUCGGUUCAGUGAAUUCGGAUGGCAGGAACACGUGAAACUGACCAAAUGUUCCGUCGCAUCGUCGUCGUGAGUGUUGUCACGGGCGCCGUCAUGUUAGCCCUCUACGGCGUGGUAGUCAAGACCAAUACCGCCAUUGUCACCAUGUCCCUGGUCUCCAGGUACCUACCAGUUCAUCCUGCCGACGUCACAGCAACAACAGCCAUUAAUGGCCUCCCUCAAGCCAUACAACGGUCGUCUCCAGGUCAACUGCUGAGCUAUGCACAGUUGAGCACACCACACCAUCUGGUGACUACAAUGCAUCCUUCAAGUGUCCGCAUGGCGGGACCAGAAGCGUCAGGUAUCAAUGCAACAUCCGGUAAGAUGGUCAAGGUCAAACCAUCUCCGUAUAUAAUUUACAGGUGCUUGAAAGGACAUCUCUGCGGUGGAUAUGCAGAUCGCCAGAAGGGUAUCGUUGCUGGUUACGUGAUGUCGAUAAUGACGGGCCGGGGAUUCGGCAUAGAGAUGAACAAACCUUGUGAGUUGUCUACCUUUUUAAGCCCAAACGAGGUGGACUGGAUAGUCAGUCCAGAGACUCACAAACUCAAAUCGCAGACGUUAAAAAAGCUCGAUAGAUCGGCAAAUCCAUUACGACAGAAACUGGCGACUGCUGACGUCAGCAAAAUUUUCACAGAAAAUAUAACAUACCUCACUCUCAAUAUCGAAUUUGUUCGAUAUUUGAAGAAGAAUAAUAUACACAGGAAUAAUCUAGGAUGGAUUGUGAACGCUUCUCUUGGUGAGGUCUAUGCCAGAUCGUGGAGGACGUUGUUUCGUUUAAAGGAUCCUUUGCAAAAGGAUCUGGAUAAAUUCCUAUCUCUCGUUCCAAGGAAUUAUUCUCUUAUUUGCGCACAGAUUCGUAUGGGGAAGAAUCCAAGCAUUCCAAAUGAUAGUGAGACAAGAAACGAUGAUAAAAGUGUGAAAACAAUAUGGACAUUUCUGGAACAGUAUAACGAUACGUCAAAAUAUAAAAUAUUUGUGUCAACAGAUUCAGAAAAUAUAAGAAAGGAGAGCCUUAGACGUUUCCCAAACAAUUCCGUAACACUUCCGGGUGUCAUUGCGCAUGUGGACAAGGCACCUCAAUGUGACGGCUUCCGGAAGGUGAUACUGGACCAGGAAGCGCUGAGUCAUUGUGACACGCUACUGAUCACCAACAGCGGACUUGGGAGGAUAGCGGCGUUCUUUAGACAGCGAGAAGACAAUAUGUAUUGUUUCAUGAAACGACAACUCACAAAGUGUAAUUAUACCUCUCCAGAAUUUAUGCCCAUGAACUGGUAGAAGAAUCCCCGUGUCUGGUUCAUGCUUCCGUCCUUAAAGUAUGUUAAAGUAUGUUGGAUGUUACCGAAGACCUGAUUCUGACCUGUUUACUACUUUAAAUAACACCUAAUUGUUUCAUAUGACUAUGGUUGAUCAGCAAUGGCAUGGCAUGGUAUUUUAUCGAAAAAAUAAAUGACUCCGAAAAAUAUUGUUAAAAAUGAUUAUGCUUCCAACAGCUGGAAAGAAAAUAAUUUUCAUAAAAAAAGGUUUGCCCCAUAUUUUUAAUUAAAAAUAUAUCUUGUUUUUGCAGCUAUAGUAAAAAAAUAUCUGGUCUCAUUACAAAAUCCAUUCCGGGUCUAAAUGGAUCUGACGGAAAAGAGCUGGUGGUGACUUAUAAAAAGCUUCGCUAAACCCGUGGGUGCCUUUUGUUGCAAUAACUUCCAAGUGAGAUCAGGUUAAUGUAUUCCUUUCGGUUUCGUGGAAUCAGGAGACUAUAUGAUGGUGUAUUCACUUCUAGACAUUGAUGGUAUCCUGCUUUGUCUGUAUUCGUGUGUGUUUUUUAAUGAUCAUGGUGAAUAGAAGACGAAUAAAGGUUGUGUGAAUGCACAGCUUCAAAGUUGUUUGACCUGCCAGUUGUUCCGAUAUAGCCUCCGCUGUCCAUGGGAACGGAAGGAAGUUAUAGGGGAGAAGUGGGGACCGAACAUUUGAUAUUUAUUUGUUGGGGGUUGCACUGGGAUUUUGUACGGAGACUGGAUAUUUGCGACAAUGUAACUUUGUGGCCGAAAACUUCUCUGACGCAUAAUUUAUUAUUUUCAAGCAUUUGCUGGGACAUCCCCACACUUCGUUAUUUAGGCGUAUUUCCCGAGUGAGAAUUAACAUACAAAGAGACGUCACAACUUUAGGCUACAGCUAUGUGAUAUUUGAGUCUGAAUCGGUGCUAUCUGUUUCUCAUCUUGAGACUCAAAUUAUCUCACUAGCUACAGAAUAAUAUUCUGGGAGUUAAUAAAAAAAUAUCCGCCAAAUUCCCUCACUUUUGACCCCAUUAUACCCCACGAACGCGUUUGUCGUGGCCACCACAGAAGCCAUUAUAUGUUUUCUCCCAAUUGCAUCCCGUCCUGCCAUCCAUUCAAAUCUAGUAGUUUAUCAAUGUAUACUACGCAAAAGAAGUAGUGGGCGGUCGGGUAGACUAGUGGUUAAAGCGUUAGUUCGUGUCGCCGAAGACCCGGGUUCGAUUCCCAACAUGGGUACAAUUUGUGAAGCCCAUUUCUGGUGUCCCCCCGCCGUAAUAAUGCUGGAAUAUUGCUUAAAGCGGCGUAAAACCAAACACCCAAACUCACUCAUUCAUUAAGGAAAGAAAGUGUUUGUUUGUACCUAACGCCGCGCUCAGCAAUACUUCUGCCAUACGACGGCCGAAUGUAAACAUUCGACAUUGUGAUAGCAAGUCUAGACCAGGCAAUCCAGUGACCUCAUAGAACGGUAUUAAACGAUUGAAAAACAACAUUAACUGAAUUACUUGCCGAACACGAGUAAAGAGAGAAACACUUUGUGUGUGUGUGUGUGUGUGUGUGUGUGUGUGUGUGUGUGUGUGUGUGUGUUUGUGUGUGUUUGUUUGUUUGUUUGUUUGUUUGUGCUGUUGUAUAUUAUAUCAGUCAAGCUGUGUUCGUCUUUUUCGAGUGGCAUAUACUGUCCAAUAUCCGGUUUCAUAAUGAAGCAACGCCUGUGUUAAUUACUAUUUAUCAUUUUUAUACAAAUUGAAGCUUUCUAAAAGCUACUCACAACGACACCAGUCUCCAGUACUAUAUCGAAAUCAACGAAGUGCCACUUCCAGAUUGAGCUGUGAAACGUUGUUACAACAUGUCCUUGUCAGAAUGAACGUUCUGUCAGUUGUUUAUUAUCGAGGGUCAUCCAAUGGCUGUGUUUUAAUAAUAAAUACUGCGCUGAUUAUUUGUUUUAUGUUUUCAUGAUUCCUUCCAUACGGUAUGUAGUCAUACCAGCAUAAUUAUCAAUAUAAUGUUUUUAUUAUUUAUUAUUUAUUUUACAACAAUAAUUGAUCAAAUGCGCCACACUUGGGAUUUAUGAUUUGUGGAAUUUGCUUUGAAUAAAAGUAUUUACAAACAA